CAACAACAACUACAACUAGAUAGCAGUCAGCAGCAUCUUCAUCUGGCUGGCAGUAACGGCAGCAACUACGCCGCCUCCUCCAGCAACAUCUUUGCCUCCUGCAUGUCCAUCGCUUUUGUUGUCGUGUUCGCUGUGCUGCUGGCAGGAAACUGUGUCAAUGGGCAAAUUGAUGGCUACAUAGCUGGCGAGGAUUAUCCAAUCUACGAUGCUGUGCCCAAGGGCCUGUCAUUCAACUGCCAAGGACGUCAGCCGGGCUACUAUGCGGAUACCGAGACCAGGUGCCAGGUCUGGCAUUGGUGCUUGCACUCUGGACAUCAGUACUCCUUCCUCUGUCCCAAUGGCACCGUCUUCAAUCAGGCCGUACGCGUCUGCGAUUGGUGGUCGAACGUGAACUGCGCCGGCUCCGAGCAACUGUAUCAGAACAACGAUGAGCUGUAUCGCAUACCAGAGCGCAGCCAGCAGCUGCAGCAGCAGGAUGAGGUAUGAUAUAAGGCUGAUGAUGAGUAUAAGAUUGGGACAGCACACACAACGGCGCCGGCGGCGGAGGCAGUGAAUCGGCAACGAGGCGGCAGACAGCGACAGUUUCUGGCACAAAACAAAAGCAACAUCAACAGCAGCAGCAGCAGCAGUAACAUAGAUAAAAGCAAGCACAUCAACAACAGCAACAACAACAGAAUCGUAGAUAGCACCGCACCAACCAACUACAAUAAAAUGACCAAAAAUAGUUUUAGAGGCAGCAUGAGAUACACAACCAAUCAAUCUCAAUCGUCAUACUCAUCAUCACAGCAGCAGCAGCAGCAGCAGCAGCAGCAACAGCAGCAACAGCAACAAUAUAAUUCUAGUAAAAAUAGCGAAUAUCAAAGUAGACAAAAUAGUAGCAGUAGCCGUAAGCAGAGCAGUAGAAAUAAAAGUAAACAAUUUAGGAUAGGCAACACGUCCUCUAGGCAUAGCAAUCGCACCUCAAGCACCCAACACAGCGGCAGCAGCAGCAGCAACAGCCGCAGCAACAGCAGAUUAAGCGUGCGCAAGAAGAUGCUUGAAUAG